GUGUGUGUGGCUGGGGAUUCGGUGGGUGGGGUCAUUAUUUGGCAGGGAGCGGCAGAGAGACGAGCAUUUCCUAGAUACCCACAGCAACGCGUGGAUUCAUUCCGCUUCCAUCACUUCAGAGGCGAGCCGGCGGAUUUUCUGGGCUGUUUAAACUUACUGGCUAGGUUUGGAAAGCCGUCCGUUUGGAAAUAAAUCACAGCAUCGUAUUUCCUCGGAAGUGUUUUGUUCCUGUACCGGGCCUGUCAUCACUGAAGUAAACAUGACGAGCGCUACGUCCCCGAUCCUGCUAAAAUGGGACCCCAAAAGUCUUGAGAUUCGCACACUGACUGUGGAGAGGUUGCUGGAGCCGUUGGUCACACAGGUGACCACCCUGGUCAACACCAGUAACAAAGGUCCAUCCAGUAAGAAAAAGGGACGCUCCAAGAAAGCUCACGUGCUGGCUGUUUCCGUGGAGCAGGCUACACAGAACUUUCUAGAAAAGGGCGAGCAGAUUGCUAAGGACAGCCAGGACCUGAAGGAGGAGCUUAUCGCAGCUGUAGAGGACGUUCGCAAGCAAGGUGAGACGAUGCGCGUGGCCUCCUCAGAGUUUGCGGAUGACCCCUGCUCCUCUGUGAAACGGGGCACCAUGGUCCGUGCUGCCCGUGCCCUCCUUUCUGCUGUCACUCGCCUCCUCAUCCUGGCUGACAUGGCUGACGUCAUGAGGCUCCUGGCUCACCUCAAGAUCGUGGAAGAAGCUCUAGAAGCCGUCAAGAACGCCACCAAUGAGCAGGACUUGGCCAAUCGCUUUAAGGAGUUUGGGAAAGAGAUGGUCAAACUCAACUAUGUUGCUGCUCGCAGACAGCAGGAGCUGAAGGACCCUCAAUGCAGGGACGAGAUGGCGGCAGCUCGAGGGGCUCUUAAGAAGAACGCCACUAUGCUCUAUACUGCUUCCCAGGCCUUCCUGCGCCACCCCGACGUGGCUGCUACACGUGCCAACCGCGACUAUGUCUUCAAGCAGGUCCAAGAGGCCAUUGGGGGCAUCUCCAGCUCUGCUCAGGCCACUUCACCCACCGACGAGAAGCACGGGCACGCUGGCAUCGGCGAGCUGGCUGCCGCUCUCAAUGAGUUUGAUAAUAAGAUCAUUUUGGACCCGCUAACAUUCAGUGAGGCUCGCUUCAGGCCGUCACUUGAGGAACGUCUGGAGAGCAUCAUCAGUGGCGCCGCCCUCAUGGCCGACUCCUCCUGCACACGUGACGAUCGCCGCGAACGCAUCGUAGCCGAGUGCAACGCCGUGCGCCAGGCCCUGCAAGACCUGCUGAGCGAGUACAUGAACAAUACCGGAAGAAAAGAAAAAGGAGACCCACUGAAUUCAGCUAUUGACAAGAUGACCAAGAAGACCCGUGAUCUUCGCAGACAGCUAAGGAAGGCUGUUAUGGACCACAUAUCUGACUCUUUCCUGGAGACCAACGUGCCUCUGCUGGUGCUGAUAGAGGCGGCCAAGAGCGGUAACGAGAAAGAGGUUAAGGAGUAUGCGCAGGUCUUCCGCGAACACGCCAACAAGCUGGUGGAGCUCAUUUCAGCUUGCUUACAACAACCUUCACUCUCUCUGUUCCGCUGUUGUGGAAUGACAUUUCAACCUCCACCUGAUCUACUGAAACCAUCACAAACUUCAGUCUGAAGACGCAACUCCACGAGCACUUACUAUCUAACCUA